CAUUCACUGGUCAAUGAGGAGGAAGGAAGCAGAUGUCACAACGUUAGCUUGACAGGGUAAGGCGACAGAAAAACGUCUUAAUGUCUAUCUGUUAUUAAUGUCAGGCUCUCCACCUGAGAUUCUCCACUAGGAUAUCGCCUCUGAGUGUGUUUAUUUAAUCAUUGUUAUUAUUUAUAACCGACAUUUCCAACAGAACGUAAUUAGCCUUCAUUAGCUCAGUGAAUGGUCUGUUAGCCACCAUGGAGCUAAAGCAGCUAAUAGCAGAAACCGAAUCUGUGUUUCCGACGUUGACGCUUAAAAAUGCACAUGGUUUAAUGCUGCAGUACGAGUCCACGUUUGGAGUUUGUGAAAAAGCAAAAACACACAGUCACAGGUGUCUGUGGACACCUCUGACCUUGUCCAGAUGAGACAGUUACAGAGUGUGCUCAAAACUACUGACCCAGGAAUCAGACUCUGCUCUGCAGCGUCAGUUCAGCUCUGUUGCAUUUUACAUUUUUUAAUUUAAUUUAAUGAUGUUUUAUGCCUGAUUUGAUUCAUACUGAAACCUUGACCUAGUAGAACAAUUAAAGGUUACAAAACAGGAUUGUGAAAAGGAGAAUUCCAGGUGGAGUGAGGAUGACUGAGAUGAUGAAGGUUGAAGCAGAUGAACCUGGAGGGUCCAGCUUGGAGGGCCCUGUACCUGCAGCAUCCACAUCAGAACCGGAGGAGGAAACACAAGACAACAAAGAUCUGAUGUUGGUGAAGAAAAAAGAGGUUCCCCAUGACCAGGCACUCAUAAAGGAGGAAGAGGACGAACUGUGGAUCAGUCAUGAGGAAGAGCAGCUUUCCGUGAAGGAUGAAGAUGAAGAGAAACUUCAGUUAGCAGAGCUUCACUGCAACCAAACUGAGGACAGUAGAGACACUGGAGGUUCAAUCAGCAGCUCAGCUGAACAAAUGGAAACAGAACCUGAAGAAGACUUUGAAGAAGCAGAACCAGACAGAAACACGUAUCCAUUAUGUUCUUAUCAACACAGUAAGAUGACAUUUCACAAAAAGGGCAAACGAAUUAAACUGUGUUCCAGACUUGCUGCUGAGAUUAGCGUAAAAGAAGCAACGUUUAGUUGCAAUUCUUGUUGUGAAAGAUUCAAUCAGAAGACUUUUGACUCCGCAAUGAGAGAGCUUGGCUCCGAUCGUUGUCGUAAAAGAUGCGAAGAAACAACUUCUCUUCAGACUCGCAUGACACUUCACCCAGGAGAAAGACCAUUUGCCUGUGAUAGUUGCGGAAGGCUUCAUGCAAAUAAAUUAUUUAACGAGAACCUGAAUGUCCACUCUGAAGAAAAACCGUUUUCCUGUGAUGUUUGUGAAACUAGAUUUAAAAGAAAGCAUCAUUUAAAAAGCCACAUGUGGAUCCACACUGCAGACAGACCCUUUGUCUGUAGUGUUUGCAGUAAAGGAUUUUCUCAACAGAUGCGAUUAAAGAGUCACAUGCGUGUUCACACCGGAGAGAAGCCUUUCAUUUGCAGCAUUUGCAGUAAAGGAUUCGCUUUACAGGAGAAUCUAAAAAGACACAUGCGUGUUCAUCAAGAAGGGAAGAAGUUCAUUUGUAGAGUUUGUGGUAGAGGCUUUUCACUACAGCAGACUCUAAAGAGACACAUGAACGUUCACACAGAAGAGACGCCGCUCAUUUGUAGUUAUUGUAGUAAAGGUUUUCAUCAACAUUGGUUACUGAAGAAACACCUGCUUGUUCAUACAGAAGAGAAACAGUUUACUUGUAAUACUUGCAAUAAAGGGUUUUCAUUCCCGGAGAAUUUAAAGAAACAUCUACGUGUUCACGCGGGACAGAAACGGUUCGUUUGUAGUGUUUGCAGCAAAAGAUUUUCAAUCAAAUAUAAUCUAGACAGACAUAUGCUGGUCCACACAAGAGAGAAACUGUUUAUUUGCAGUGUUUGUAGUAAAGGAUUUUCAGAACAUCAUCAUCUUAAAAGGCACAUGAAAGUUCACAGUGGACCGUUUAGCUGUAGUGACUGUAAUAAAUGUUUUACAAAUGAAAUCCAGCUACAGCGACAUGUGAAACUCCACACGGUGGAGCGGCCAUUUGGCUGCGAAGUCUGUGAAAGCAGAUUUAUCCAAAAGUGUCAUCUUGAAAAACACAUGAAAGUCCAUACUGGAGAGAAACGGUAUAUUUGUAGUGUUUGCAAUAAAGCAUUUUCACUGACAGAUCGACUAAAGAGACACAUGCGUGUUCACACGAGAGGAACUAUUUGUAGUUGAACGUUUUGUCAAUACUCUUCAGAGAUUAUAGUCAUUCUACUCUGCUUUUAUGUUCAAACCUCUGUUUUCAUUUCUGAUGUUUCACCAACUGUCUCCACACUGCAGUAACUGUGGAUUUCACCCUGAUGUCUUUACAUUAUCAUCUAAUUUCCACAGUAAAUUAAAGACUUGCAUGUACUAAGAACG